CCUCACAUCUCAUCAUACUUUCUUGACGAUGUACCCUUUCACUUAUCAAGCCUUUCUCUCGACAGUGUACCUUCUACUAUUUCAAAUCUUUCUCUCGACGAUGUACCCUCUCACUUGUCAACUCUUCCGUCACAUCACACUCUAUACGACCACACUAUCGACACCCUACCUGAUCCAUCUCAGCCUUCGGAGCUUCGGUCAACACAUACCCCAGACAAUCACAAUAUCGCCCACCUACUCGGAACUCUUUCUCCCGAUUCUCCUCAGUCAUCGAAAUGUCAGCCACAACGCACCCUAGUACACGACUGCCUUAUCGAUGACUUAAUUCGAAGAAUGUUAGAUCUUUCUCUCGACGAUGUUCC